AUGUCUAAAACAAUUGAAACAGGAGAGCUUUCAGUUGAUGGUGAAAACACAAAGCAGAGGGUAUUUGGUGAGAGUGUGAAUAUCCCAUUGUCUCCCUCCGAUAAACCGCAGCACGACGCACCACCACCGAGAUACAAUGAGAGCUCUCGAUCAUUAACAAAUCAUGCGGCUUUAGUCUGCAUGACAAUUAUCAUUAUGCUUUCCAUGAACGCCUCCCUCAUGAUAUCCAAGAUGGCAUCAUCGAGUGACAGGAAGAGCUCCAAUGGAGCCAUCGCUGGCCCCAAAGGUAACCUUCUCGGAAUCUACUACGUAAACAUUCCCAAGGUUAGUCCUUCUGAUCCUCGAACUGCCGUCGCCUCACUCUCUUCUCAGUCCUCGGAAGCAUUUCAUGAAAAAGACCACCCGGAACUUGUUGACGAGGAGGCCUUUUUCCUCCGAUACUACAUCAUGCCUCUGGAAGAGGUGCCAGAAGCUGAAGCCGAAGCUGAAGAAAGAUCUAACCAUACCAAUGCCAGCAGCAACGACGUGAACGCUUUGCAAUUCAAUCUUUCUGGUAAUGCGUCCGAGGGACCAGAGGCGGCAGAAACUCCCAUCAAGAGAACAUCCAAAUUGCGCCUAAUGCGACCUCGAGCAAGACUACUGCAAACCGCCAGGGCUCUACAGAAGGAGCUUGAAAUCGCCGCGCGAGAAGAUUUUGUGAAACCUUUUUUUCGAAAGUGGACACAGCGCUUCGAUGCCGUCACAAGUCGUUUCCAAAGCGAUGCCAACAACAAUGCCGCAGCUUUGAACUCCACAAUGCCUCGCCUGCAACUGAUGCCAAUCAAGAAAGGAGGUGCACUGCCCAAUGCAAUUUUGGGUAUCUUUCCAUUUUUGCCUGCCAAACACAAUGCAACUAAUUAUCCUGGUGCGACUGUCCUUCCCAAAGCCCUGACACGCCGCAGACAUGUAGAACGGGCCAAUCCAAACAAGGGCAAGACAUCCGUUUGUCCCACCAAUCUACUUUGUUAUUUUACCAUUCCUCCAACCUCCGUAAAAAAAGAUGUCAUCUGUGCAACCUACUGCCGUCGCUGCCUGGAGACUACUGCGAGCUUCAGAAGCCAUUGA